AUGGAAGCCCAACAACUGCUGCUGAUCGUUGCCAUUGGACUGGGACUGGUGCUCCUUUCGGAGGCGGACUGCCCGCUAUCGAGGGCCAUGAUCGAGGGCACCAACCGGAUAUUCACCAACCGCAAUGCCGCCGGCCAGUACGAGUUGAAGCGCCUGCAACGGGUCCGCGCCAGCGAGGUGCUCCACAUGAUCUGCACUGCGACCGACAUUGUCCAGACGACCUGCCAGGCAAACACCAACCUCAGUCGACCGCUCCCACUGCGCUGCCAAAGACCCAUGGGGGCCUCAGCCACGGUGGUCACCGACGCCUCCUGCCCGGCAACCAUGUACUCCGUGGGCUACACCAUCAACAACCAGCGACUGGAGCUCUACCGCGCCUGCUACCAAGGCGCUGCGGUUCGGGCCCGGUUCACCACCCAUCUGGUGUACCACAAGACCUUCUUCCCUCAACGUCCUUGUGCCGAUUUCUCCAGGGAUGGCGUGAUCAGCGAGGCGGAUACCCAGAGUUUCCUGCCCCGCACCAUUUUCCGCGCCUUCCGGACCAUUUUCGGUAAUACCCAGCGGUACAUCCCCAACGAACGGGACACGGUCAUCAAUCGUGGACAUCUGACGCCGUCGGGCGACUACCUCUACGGAGACCAGAUGUGCGCCACCUUCAAGUACAUCAAUGUGGCGCCCAUGUGGAAGAGCAUCAAUGAUCGCAACUGGGAGACGAUCGAGCGAUGGGUGCGAACCCGCAUCAGUGCUGGAGGAUCGCUGAGGAUCAAGACCGGAACCAAUGGCGACCUGACCCUGCCGGACAAUCGCAGGCGCCAACGUCGCAUUAUCCUGGGUGCCGGCACCAAGAACAUAAUGCCCUUGUGGCUGUACAAGGUGGUCCGCACAUCGGCCAAUGGACCACACAGUGUUUUCGUCACCCUGAACAACAUAUACGCGACUGCCCGUCCCGCUGCCCCCACAUUCUGCACCAGUAUUCCCUGCCCCAUGACCCUGGAGAAUGUGGCUGCCGCGGGAUACACCUACUGCUGCAAUGCCACCACCUUCACCCUUUAA